UUAGUCCGGUGCAGGCGGUGCCGCGGCGGGCACGCGCGAGAUGAAAUAUUUGAUGGUGCUGUUGUGUUGUGCUUUUGAUAUAGGAUAUGGAAGGAUCGCUAGUGAUUUUGUACUACAUAAACCACCACAGUUCGCUAUAAUAAAACCUCAGCUUAAAAAUGAAAUCACAAUAAAUAUAAUUAUACAUUUAGAUAAAGUUAUAACAGAUAGACUUAUCAAAGAAUACGGCGCGAAGACUCGAAAGAAAUUAAAAAUAAUAUCGAACAAUAUACUCAAAGAUGUGGAGAAUUUCUUCCGUCAUCCGAGUCUGAAUCAAAAUAUUAAAUUCAAAUUAAAAGAUACGAGGUUUUUAAAGAAUAAUACGAAAAUAGUUAAGAUGGAUGAAAAUGGCAGCUCGUAUUUGAAGAGUUACUGCGAAUGGCAAGGAAAGAGGAAACUUGUUAAUAAUUGGUAUUACUCAGUCUUACUUACUGGUCUAGAUCUUUAUUAUCUUAGUAAGAAUGGUGAAGAAGUAAGAAGAAGUACAGGACGUGGCUAUGUGGGGGGCAUGUGCAGCAUUAAAAACAGUUGUGCUCUGCUGGAGUGGAAUUCCAAGAACAUUGGAUAUCUUCUGGCUCAUGAAAUAGCCCAUAGUCUGGGAAUCAACCACGACGGUCCACCGUACAACCAUUGCCGUGGACAUCGACACAUGAUGGGCGCGAGGUACAACCCCGAGAACCAUCCACGAGUAUGGUCCGCCUGCAGUAAACAUGCACUCAAGAGAUAUUUAACGAGCGAGAGAUCCUGGUGCCUCCGCCCUGGUACAAAGAGAACAUCGAGGAACUUACGAUUGACUUAAAUGAAACUAUUGUGAUAUUAGUAGUAUAAAUAAAAAUAAUGUGCAUUUA